AUGGGGUCACUGUGCGUAUGGAGCGUGUUGCUACUCGCUUGUGCUGUGUCGGCCCAGCGCAUCGACCAGGAGGCACUGCUGUCGCCGCGACCAGCGCGUGUUCGUGACCGAGACAUCGGGAAAACCGACGAACCGACAUGUGACCAGCUGAAGGCUAUGUGGCGAUUCUCGAAGCGACAAGCCCGGGCACCGGAGAUAAUGAACGAAGUGAGCUCGUACCGCGACCCGCUGAUGUACAACGAGUGGCCAGUCUACACAGCGCUGCCACGAGCCGCGCCCAGGUUCAGAUACCAAUAUCCGACGGUACCACGUGAGGCAUAUGGACGAGUGGUGACUAAGGCGCCGCCGAACGUGGUGCGCACUCCUGACUACGACGAGAUGUUUGGAAUGCUGAAUGUGCCGCACACGUCCGGAAAAAUUCUGCGAUACUCGGGACCCUCACGACCUCGUGGUGGACCUACCUUCAUGGUGCCACCACAGCGGGACAGGUUUGAAGCCUUGAAGAAACUGAUCAGACAGGAACACGUUCGCGAACUGCAGAGGAAAUACGAGGCUGAACAGAAACAGGAACUGAAGGAGCUCACAUCUGGAAGGAGUAAUAAUGAUGACUUGGCGUACGGAUCGUAUGGCGAACAAGAGCCCCGCGGACUCCAACCCCUGCAAUUACCAGAAUACUCCGCCGACGAACCCACCUCCAGGCAUAGCAAGAAACCACCAUCCGGCAGCCGUCAGAUCUCGCAGUUCUCUCGCUACUCCGAUGUGAUGCUACCCCCAGUGCGCCGCACCUUCUACCACCCUUACUUGGAGUACGCCGCCCCCGAGUACAUCCCCUACGUAUACUGAACUCAAGCGCCAAGACCAGAGGACGAACCUUCUGACAUGUUCUAGAAUAUUCUAAGACUCCAGGAACGUUCCGAUAAUGUACAAACAAUCUUCAGGCUUUAAUCAAUAAUAUCAGUAUUACUCUGUCAUAUCGAAAGCAUAUCCCUAACGCUUUCGCUUCGACUCUAGAAUCUUACAAUGCGAGCUUCCUCAGCAUUACUUGCAAUAUUUUUAUAUAUAUAAAAACCGAAGGUUUUUCUAUGUAGAUACGCGUCGAAAUUUUUUAAUAUUUACCCCCUUAUGAAUAAUCAUCAUUGUAUUUUUCGAUAGGUUUAAGGUUUAAAAUGAGUAUUUCUUUUGGAAUAUUCGAUUCCUUAGUGCGAUUAUAAUCAAAAUUUAAAUUAUACAAUACUUCCGUAUGUGACAAUAAUUCACUCGUAUACAAUUUGAUCAAUUACCUUAAAUUAUUGCUGUCAAUUCCCUAUACAUGUUGGCAACAUUUGACAAUAAUAAAAAUGUAAUCUGACAAUAAUGUUGUAUGGGUGUUUACGUAGUUGUAAGAGUUGUCAAAAAUAAAUUAUCCAUUUAAUAAGUUAGUAAUAUUAUAAUGAAAUAAUUGGUAUUAUUGUGUCGUCAAAUUUUCCUGUUCGCUUCGAUUGAACUCCUUUUAAAGUUCUCUUGCAAUUGCUAUCGAAUAUAAUAAAUGAGACGUCUUUACAUGGCAUUCGAGUUAGUAUAUUGAUCUAAAAACUUUUAUAUUGAAUUCUUUAAACACGAUCCAAUCUGAAGAUCGAAGAGACUUUUCAUCUUUUAAGUUGAAAUUAACUUUCGAAACUAUUUUAGUAUGUAUACAAAUAGGUAAAUGUAUAUUACAUUGACGAUGUUUUUUUGUUUUUAAUGUUUAAUUACUGUAUAACAUUUUUUUUCAACGUCUAACAAUAGACAUUAUGUACAGACUGCCAACAAAUCAACUUCCAAUUUCUAAAAAAUUAUAUGAAUUUAUUGUAACGGAAAUAUUUGAACAUCUACGAUUUACUGAAUUGACAAUAGAUAUCAGUCUGAAUCUUUCCAUAGGAAGGUUAUACACCAUAUAGUUAAUUAUUGUUGUGAUUAGUCGCUAAGUAUAACGUUAUAUUUUAAAAGCCUACAAGACGGCUAAGUCGGUUUCGGGCGCGACAGCUCUGAAUGAAAUAUAUGUAUUUUAUUUUUACACUGACAAACAUUUAAGUUAUGACAUAAUAACUUAACAAAGCUUACACGACGUCCUGCCUUCCAACGUACAAAACGUACGGAGAAAUUACGUUCUUUCCAGAACAUUCCAAAUAGCAUUAGACAAAUCGGCAUACGAUAUUAUCUCUACUAAUCAAUAUCAUAUGAAGAGUUGGAAGGUUGAACGCUUGUGUAGAAGCUGAACUUGUGUACUUAAUCAUAACAAAGUUUACGAAGUAAUGUAACGCGACGACGCAACCGAAUCCCGACGUAAAAUGCUUUAACUACAUUUAAAUGUUUCAUGUUUAUUGUAACAGUUAAUUAUAUAGCGAAUGACGUAUGAAACGUCGCUUAUUCAAUAUUCGUAUAUUAUUGGAUUAGUUGUAGGUGUGCGUACAGCCUUAGGGGUGGUGGGGGAAAGAAAACCAAUGUUUCUUUUACAUUCCUAAUCUAGUCCACUUUUCUUAUGCCAUAUAAUAAUAAAACCUAUAUUGUAUUGUACAAGUUAUAUUAUGUGAAUAUCAUUUGUAUAACGGAGUAUUUUUGUUAGAUAAUAGUACUUAACAUUUUAUACCAUCGGUGGUGUACUGUGGUGAAUGAAGGCUGUAAUUCUAAGGAUGUUGUUACCUAUUUGUGUACUAUAUUUAUUAAUAUAUCUAAUCAACUAUCGACUUAAUAAGGAUCGACGUGGUACGUCGACUUAACCUCACAGACUAUAAAAUUUGGCUUUAAAAAUAAUGUAACACUUUUAUUGUGGCUUUAAGCGAGUCAAUGUCAAUACAUUCAUUAAUCUUCGAUUUAUUAGCGAGGACUGUCUACGACUGUCCCGUCCCACAACUUACGAUAUAGCGAGAUAUCUAUACAUAUUUUUAUUUAUAUACGUAUAAUUUUCUAACAAUAUUCUGUAGAAUAUUCUACAAAUUAUUUUAAAUGUCUUUAAAAUCAUUAAUAGGUAGAUAGUUAGUGGAUAACAUUGAGUAGUGUUUAUUGGAAGCGUAUUGCAAAUAAUUAUAGGUGUUUAAUUGAUAAAAUAUUAUGAAAAACAAUUUCGUUAAGAGUAGAUUUUCGCAGUUACAUAUCUUUGCGAUUAAGACACUGCGGUGUCGUAUAUGCUUAAUCAUAUCAAAAUUUAAUGUCGUAUAACAUCGGCUGUCGAAUUUCAAAACUACUAAAAACGAAUAUAUUUAAGGCUGGCAUUACAUGGAUAUAACGCCAUCUAGUUUCCGAAUAUGUAAACUUUCGACGGUCGAUGACUAAUAUAACAAUGGAAUAUUGUCUGUGCGGCAACGCGGUCUUCAUUGGACAAUAAUGUUAUAGACAAUAACUAAAAUUAACACGAAAGGAGACCGCGUUUGUCAUAUAUUAUAACCAUGAUAAUGUUUUAAAAGUAAUUAUAUUAUUGAUUGGUGGAUUUUUUGAAAAAUAAAGAUAGUUACGUACUCCUGAGCAGAA